GUCUUGGCAACAUAUACACACCAACUGGCAGCUAGCUUCCGGUUGCUCUGCCCACGUCACUAUUAGCUUUCUUUGACUUCGUGUUUUUGUACUUUCACAAUGCCGAACAAUAUCGCCGCGACGUCAGGCAGAAAGGCCUCCGUGGCCCCGAAGGCCGCGCCACCCGGGGGGAAGACCACCAAGGCGGCGAGUAAGAACAAGGAUGAGGAGGAGGGAGUGGAUACCGGCGAUGGGUGCGAUGAGUGGUCCUCUGGGAAAGCACUUGUCAAGCCCUCAGAUCAGCUGGAGCUCACCGAGGCUGAGCUGAAAGAGGAAGUCACAAGGAUCCUAACUGCAAACAACCCCCACGCUCCCCAAAACAUUGUCCGCUACAGCUUCAAGGAGCGGUCCUACAUGACUACCAGCGUUGUGGAUCAGAUGUCGGUUCACUUUGUGUUGGAGGGCAGCCUCCUGCACCAGGACUCUGAUGAGGCUCGUAGGCUGAGAGCCGAGGGGGAUCUCCAGAAGGGGACAUCAACAGUGGACACCGGAGCAGAACCGGAUUACGGGAAACCGCAAACCCCGGCCACACCUGCAGAGGGAGGAGGGGAAGUGGAUGAAGAGGACAGGCCGGACAGCGUGGCCUCCAAAGCGGACAUGAAGGAGGCCAACGUCACCAACCAGUUCAACUUCAGCGAGAGGGCCUCGCAGACCCUCAACAACCCCCUCAGGCAAAGAAGCUGCCAGACUGAACCUCCUCCACGCAGCACCUUCGGGGCCACUGCCAACCAGUGGGAGAUCUACGACGCCUAUGCAGAGGAGCUGCAGAAACAAGAGAGAAAUAAAGAAAAGCAGAAAGCUGCAACUUCGAAGAAAGAAAAUGAGAAAAGCAAGAAGAAAACCCUGCUGAUGGAAACUCAGUUUCAGAACGAUGACCUCACCAAAAUGGGAGAGGUGGCCAAGAUCCUUGAACGAAUGGUCACUCAGAAUAUCUUUGAUGACAUAGCAAAAGAUUUCAAAUACUUUGAGGAUGCAUCUGAUGAGUUCAGGGACCAGAAGGGCACUCUCCUGCCCUUGUGGAAGUUUCAGUACGACCAAGCCAAAGGACUGUCUGUCACUGCCCUCUGCUGGAACAAGAAAUACCAGGACCUCUUUGCUGUGGGAAUGGGGUCGUACGACUUCCGCCAGCAGGGCCGCGGCAUGCUGGUGUUCUACUCAUUGAAGAACUCGGCCUUCCCAGAGUACAUCUACCCCACAGACUCGGGCGUCCUGUGCCUUCACAUCCACGAGCAGCACUCCUACUUGGUGGCGGUGGGCUUCUACGACGGCUGCGUGGCGGUCUACAACUUGAAGAACGAGGGACUGGAGCCGAUGUAUGAAAGCACAGCUAAGACCGGCAAACACACGGACCCAGUCUGGCAGGUGUGCUGGCAGAACGAUGACAUGGACAAUAACCACAAUUUCUAUUCUGUGUCAUCUGAUGGCCGAGUUGUGUCCUGGACACUCGUCAAGAACGAGCUGGUCUUCACAGACAUCAUCACACUGUCGCUACAAGGUGGCUUCUCCGAGGGGCCAGAAGCUGCUCAGCCGCUUGGAAUCGCCUGUGGGACGUCGUUCGAUUUCCACAAACACAUCGACUAUCUCUUCCUUGUUGGUACGGAGGAGGGGAAGAUGCACAAGUGCUCCAAAACCUACUCCAGCCAGUUCUUGGAGACAUAUGAUGCCCACAGCAUGGCAGUGGAUGCUAUCAAGUGGAACCACUUCCACCCCAAGGUGUUCAUCUCUUGCAGUUCAGACUGGACCGUCAAGAUCUGGGACCAUACCAUCAACACGCCCAUGUUCACCUUUGACCUGAAUGCAGCGGUCGGGGAUGUGGCCUGGUCUCCGUACUCCUCCACCGUGUUCGCUGCCGUCACAACGGAUGGAACAGUUCAUGUCUUUGACCUCAACGUCAACAAAUAUGAGGCCAUCUGCCAGCAGCCGGUGGUGGCCAAGAAGAAGACCAAGCUGACCCACGUUGAGUUCAAUCCCAUCCACCCCAUCCUAAUCGUGGGUGACGAUCGAGGUUCUGUCAGGAGCUUCAAGCUCUCCCCGAACCUGCGCAAGAAGCCCAAGGUCAAGAAGGGUCAGGAGCAGCCGAAGAAUCCAGAAGUGGAAGUAGCCAAGAUGGAGAAGCUCCUGAGUCUGCUGAGGGAACCCGAGCUGGGCCCAGCUUAGCUUAGCGGGGCCCCCAAGGCCUCUGAGGCCCUCAACACAGCAACAUGGAACAAUCUUCCUUCUCCUCCAUUGAAAACAACAACAUGUCUUCUGCUCAGUGUAACAGUAAACAACAUCAACUUAAAAGAAAAAAUGUGUCUAUAUCUUUAUUAAAAUCUUUUUUUGUCUGAUCACUCUC